UCCAGCAUAACAGCCUACAGGUGUGUCUCUUCCAGCCAGCAUCUGUCUUACUGUUCACCUCAGACCGGAUCUUCUAAAACCAUGCUCUGCUUCAGACUCAGCACCACACUGUUGCUGGCAGCAACAUGUUCGCUCAUGACAGCAGGUAACUUAUCUGAUAUGUGGCUUAAACACACUUUAACGUAUUCUUUCAUAUCUAUUAUUUUAGUUGUCUCCACAGAGAAAGCUAUCACCUGUGGCAGCGACGGGAAUGUCCAGCACCUGAGCUGCGAUGACGGAGUGAUCAGUGUGCAGACAGCACUGUAUGGACGUGCAGACGCUGUGACCUGCAGUGAGGGAAGACCUCCGGCACAGCUCGCUAAUACAAACUGCUCUCAAGCUGGCACAGUGGACGUCGUCAAGAAAAGGUGUGAUGGCAAGCGGGUGUGUGAACUAAACAUCAACGUAUUUUAUACCUCUGAUCCCUGCUAUGGCACCUACAAAUACCUGGAAACCAAAUACACCUGCCUCCCAGCAAUUCACCUUGAUGCCUGUGAGGGCUCUUUGGCGAAACUCCAAUGUGAUCAAGGACAGGUUAUAUUUGUGUAUGGUGCCGACUAUGGACGUCGUGACCAGACCACCUGCAUUUACCAACGGCCUCUCAAUCAAAUUCAAAAUAUCUACUGCUCAAGCCCCACACGCAAAGUUGCUGACAGCUGUAAUGGGAAGAACAGCUGUACCAUCGCAGCAAGCAACUCUGUGUUUGGAGACCCCUGCGUCAACACCUACAAGUAUCUGGAGGUGGCCUACAUAUGUGAUUGUAAGUAUCUUAAAGGAUCCAGCAUAACAGCCUACAGGUGUGUCUCUUCCAGCCAGCAUCUGUCUUACUGUUCACCUCAGACCGGAUCUUCUAAAACCAUGCUCUGCUUCAGACUCAGCACCACACUGUAUGACGGAGUGAUCAGUGUGCAGACAGCACUGUAUGGACGUGCAGACGCUGUGACCUGCAGUGAGGGAAGACCUCCGGCACAGCUCGCUAAUACACACUGCUCUCAAGCAGGCACAGUGGACGUCGUCAAGAAAAGGUGUGAUGGCAAGAGGGUGUGUGAACUAAACAUCAACGUAUUUUAUACCUCUGAUCCCUGCUAUGGCACCUACAAAUACCUGGAGACCAAAUACACCUGCCUCCCAGCAAUUCACCUUGAUGCCUGUGAGGGCUCUUUGGCGAAACUCCAGUGUGAUCAAGGACAGGUUAUAUUUGUGUAUGGUGCCGACUAUGGACGUCGUGACCAGACCACUUGCAUUUACAAACGGCCUCCCAGUCAAGUUCAAAAUAUCUACUGCUCAAGCCCCACACGCAAAGUUGCUGACAGCUGUAAUGGAAAAAACAGCUGUACCAUUGCAGCAAGCAACUCUGUGUUUGGAGACCCCUGCGUCGGCACCUACAAGUAUCUGGAGGUGGCCUACAUAUGUUAUUGUUGUCCACAGCAACGACUACCAAAUAACUGUCAAGUUGCUGAUGUCAUUAGAGAGGUCUGUCUUCGACAGGUAGACGACCUUCAGGUUGCCGUCCUGGUCCACUGUGCGGACCUGCUGAACGAUCAGCUGGCUGGAGGUCUCACUGCUGGCCGCCGGCUCUUGCUCAGUCAUUCACAAGCAGCGAUGGGGAGAAGUUCACCACUUUAUCACCAACUGUAUGAUGGAGUGAUCAGUGUGCAGACAGCACUGUAUGGACAAGGAUACGGUGUGAACUGCAUUGAGGGAAGACCUUUGGGAGUGCUGUCCUUAAGACAGUGCUCUCAAGCAGGCACAGUGGAUGUCCUCAAGAAAAGGUGUGAUGGCAAGACGGAGUGUGAACUAAACAUCAACGUUUUUCAUACCUCUGAUCCCUGCUAUGGCAUCUACACAAACCUGGACACCACAUACACCUGCAUCCAUUCAAUUCACCUUGUUGCCUGUGAAGGCUCUUUUGCGCAACUCCAGUGUGAUCAAGGACAGGUUAUAUCUGUGAAUGGUGCAAACUAUGGACGUAGUGACCAGACCACCUGCAUUUACCAACGGCCUCUCAAUCAAAUUAAUGAUAUCUCCUGCUCAAGCCCCACACCCAAAGUUGCUGCCAGCUGUAAUGGGCAAAACAGCUGUACCAUCGCAGUGAACGACUCGGUGUUUGGAGACCCCUGCGUCGGCACUUACAAGUACCUGAAGGUGGAUUACACAUGUAAAUUUACCUCUGAUCCCUGUUAUGGCAUCUUCAAAUACCUGGACACCACCUACACCUGCUUCCCAACACUUCACCUUGUUGCCUGUGAGGGCUCUUUGGCACAACUCCAGUGUGAUCAAGGACAGGUUAUAUUUGUGUACAAUGCCAACUACGGACGUCUUGACCAGACCACCUGCAUUUACCAACGGCCUCCCGAAGAACUUCAAAAUAUCCAAUGCUUAAGCCCCGCGCCCGAAGUUGCUGACAGCUGUAAUGGGGAAAACAGCUGUACCAUCGCAGCGAGCAACUUCGUGUUUGGAGACCCCUGUUAUGGCACUUACAAGUACCUGGAGGUGGUUUACAUAUGUGAAUGUAAGUAUCUUAAAGUCCCAUUUGGCUGGGCACCUGGGUAG